AUGGUAGAAACAGAGAAGGUAAGGAGACAAGAGGCGAGGGCGACGGAGGCGAAGAAAGGACCGAGCAGGGCAGUCGAGCAAGCAAGUCAGAAGAAGUCCGAGAAGAAGCGGAAGGCGAACGAUGGUGUGCGCAAAAUCUCCAAUAGGGAAAAGCGCAAGCUGAGAGUCGGGUCGUGGAACGUGUGCGGGUUCGCAAGGAGUGAGCGCAAGCGGNGGGACCGAGCAGAACAAAGCGAUGUAGAUGAAGUGGGGAUCCAAGAGACGUGGGAAUUGAAGGAUGGGGACGUGGAACACUUGGGUGACGUGGUGGAAGUAGUGGUGAAAACGGAGCUGGAGGAAAGCCUGUGGCUGAAGAUACGUGGGGAGCGGGGUGAGAAAGACUUGUUUCCAGGGAACGUGUACGUCCCACCGUCGUCGAAGGAAGUCGCAAGCAAGGCGCAGGAGAACUUUGGACAAAUUGGGGAAGAUGUCCAGACGUUCAGUAGGAAGGGAGAAGUUGUCGUGGUGGGCGAUUUCAACUCCGGAGUAGGGAAAGCUUCCAGUAGAGGACAAGCGAUCGGGCAGUACGGUGAAGAGAAAGUGAAUGACAACGGAGUGAGGAUGCUUGAAUUCUUGGGAAGCAACGAGCUGAUGGUGUUGAACGGUAGGAGGGAAUGCGAUAAGCCGGAGUUCACCAGGCAAAGGGCAGUUUGCAAUGAAUACUCAAUCCUCGACUACAUCCUGGUAGAUAGGGGGAGCACACAGAUCCCAGCGCCGCACGUAUGUGCGAUAGAUAGAGGUUCGACCGACCACUUCCUCACAUGGGCAAACAUCGACCGAUCUAGAAAGAUGGAGAGUAAGAAACAGAGGAAAGUGUUCUGGUGGAAAGUAGAGCGUUUGGGGGACGAGGGGACACGGGAUGAAUUCCAGAAGGGACUGGUUGGAAGUGUAGAACCCUUCAGGAAAUUGCUGAGAAGCGUCGAAGACGGACAGGUGGACGUACAAGCAGCAGAGGACAGGGCGAAGGGACUGGUGAAAAAGAAGAAAAAGAAGAAAAAGUGCAAUUGGGACGGAAAAGUGCAGAAGGCCAACGGAGGCCUGGAGAGGAACGCCAAGCAGAUGUAGGAAGAGAUUAGUGGGAUGGUAAAAAAGACCGCGCAAGGGGGGGAUACAGGGGUAGCAACUUUGCGAGGUGUGAACGGUGGACUAGCCAGCAGUGGGAAGGGAAAAAGGGAAGUUCUAGCAGGACACUACAAGAGACUUGGAGUGCCCUCGGAGAAUGACGACGAGGUUGAGGCGUAUGUGAACAAGCUGCUGUACCACAAAGCAGCAGGGGCGGAUGGGAUGGUCAACGAGUUGAUGAAGUUUGGGGGGGAUGAUCCAGCUGAUGGUACUGCUGUACAAAUGGGUGUGGAAAAACGAGUAUGCGCCAUGUAGAUGGAGGGAAGGAGUGGUUGCGAACCUGUUUGAGAAAGUAGACAAGACCGACCUAGGAAACUACAGGGGGAUCACACUGUGUAAGACAGUAGGAAAAGUGUUCUGUAAGCUGCUGAACGAUAGGAUAGAGGGAGUAUUGGAGAAGCAACAUAGCAUUAGCGAGGGCCAGGCAGGUUUCCGAAAGAAGAGGGGGUGAGUAGACCACGCAUUCACGGUAGGAAAAAUCAUCCAAGGUAGAGAAAGGGCUGGAAAAAGGCAUACGUACUGUUUCUUCCUGGACGUGAAAAAGGCAUACGACACCGUAUGGAGAAAUAGGCUGUGGAAACAGUUGUCCAAAUACGGGAUCAAGGGUAAAAUGUGGCGAGUGCUGAAGAAGUUGACAGAGUGUACGAAAAGCGUGGUCAUGCUAGAUGGAGAACUGAAUAAAUUCUUCGACAUUGAGCAGGGGGUCCCACGAGGUUGCAGGCUGUCCCCAACAUUGUUCCAAGUGUACAUCAACGAUCUGUUGGAAGUCGUACUGGCAGUCCGGAAGGGAGUAAAAGUAGGGGACACGGAAGCUUCGGUGUCAGGAAUGCUGUUUGCGGAUGAUUUUGUUGGUACGUCGGACACCCCUGAGGGACUGCAACUGCAAAUUGACGCGGCGAAGAAGUUUACUGAUAAGUGGAGAUUGUCCGACAUCGUUAAGAAGAGUGCCGUCAUGGUAUGCAACGAGGACAGGAAGGCACCAGUACAACAUAGAUAGAAGUGGGGCAUCGAGGAGAUUCAGUAGUGGACCAGUACGCAUUCCUCGGAGUAGAGGCAGCAAAAGACUGCUCGUGGAAUGCACCCAUGUCCAGGAUAGCGGAAAAGGGCAUAGCACGAGCAGGGAAGCUGCACCCAAUACUCGCAAACCGGCACCUCGAUACACGCAUCAAAUUGACGGUUUUGAAGAGCGUAAUCGUACCGCCGCUAGAGUACGCCGGAGAAGUAUGGGAAGGAAAUAAGAAUGUAAUGAAAGAACUCGGGGCGGCGCAGAUGAAAGCAGCGAAAAUCAUCCUAGGAUGCUCCAGGCGCACAAGUAAUGCAGCCGUGAGGGCAGAAUUGGGGAUCCAAUCCCUACGGUCGGGAAGAGACGCGAGGAAGCUGACCUGGCAGUAUCGCAUGUGCGGGAUGGGAGAGGAGAGGUUCCCGAGAAUAGUAUGGGAGGCGAAGCGAAGUGGGCAAACAAAAAGAGGGGUAGACAACCCACGGAAUGGGUCAAGGUUGUAGAGGACGUAUGGAAGGAGCUCGACAUCGACGAAUAUGAAACGCUGGAAACGGAGGGUCUAAAGGGGUUCAACGAUAAAAUAUAUCUGUUGCUUGUGCCGAGACAGAACAGAAUCUAAGGAAAGAAACCGAGGGUAACGAUGGUUAAGAAGUGUACGGAAUGUCGAAAGAAGGAAUAGGGUUCAAGGAUUACCUACAUGGACCAAUGGAUGCAGGGACAAAGCUUAAGGUCAAAUUCAGGACCGGGGACAUAGGCCCUCGAGAACGUCGACGAAGACAUAGGACAGUCGACGACGAAGAUGACAAGUUCAAAUGUGAUUGCGGCUUCGAAUGCGAAGACCGAGUUCAUGUAGUCGCGGGAUGUCAGUUAUUCGAAGAGGGAGGGAAGUGUACAUGUCUGAGCUGGGAAAAGUACAAGGAAGGUACAGGGAGAUUGUUUGAGGCAUGCAUUAGAGAGGAGAGUAAGGUCGCUGAACUGGGGAGUAGGAAGUUGUUUGAAAAGGCGGGAUAUCGUUAGGAUAGACAGACUAGGGAAGACGUUUUUUAGCCACUUUUGGCAAAGAAGGAAGGAACGAUUGGCCAUCGGUGACCGGUCCUGUGGGAACAAUGCUCCGUCCUUUCGAGGACG